AUGGAAUCACUUUACCGUUCAUUAUUCAGAGACCAGCAAAGGCACUACCUGGAAUCAAUUAAAAGACCAGCCUCUAGCAAAAUUAAUGCAAGGCAUAAAUACCUCCUUGCAAGAAAUCUUUUAUAUAAAUCCCUCGAAACUCAUGAAGCUGAGUCACUAGAGCAAGUAUCCUCAAGAAUAAAAGAAGACACUAGCCGAAGCAAAACCGAUUCUAAUUCCCCAUUAAGGUCUCAUUCAAGAUCCCCUAGCAACCUUUCUCCAAAGGUUAUAUCUCUCAGGAGAAUUCAAAGCAAAAGUCCUCCAAGAAAUUUAUACAAUUUUUGAUAACUUCAUACCCUUUUCAAAAUAAAGAAAGAUUUUUUUGCUUGCUCAAUAAGGCUAUUUUUUGUUAAUUGAUAGAAAUUAUAUACAUUUUUUUUAAAAAAUUUAAUAUUUAAAAAGAAAAAUCUAAUUUAGCUUAUAAUAUUUAUGUUUUAAAUAUAACCUAUCUAAAAUAAAUAGAAUUAGCUGUAUAUAGCUUUUUGCCUUGAGUGGCGCGGUAUGGGCGCCACUUCGGCAAGCUCGUUCUUCCAGUUGGCCGAGCCAACUCAGGUUGGUUCGGCCAACUGGAGAAUUGACAAGUGAGGCCUUUUUGGGGAGACUUGUCAAUUCUAGUUGGCCGAACCAACCUGAGUUGGCUCGACCAACUGGAAGAAGGAGCUUGCCGAAGUGGCGCCCGUACCGCGCCACUCAAGGCAAAAAAGCAUAUCUCAUUAUAGCAAUUAUUAAUAAUAUAUAAAAUAUUUACGUAAGAGAUAUUAUAUGAACAAAUUUUGCUCGCUUCUUAAAAGAGGUUAAUUUUUCCAAAAAACAGUUUUUUUUCCAAUAAUUUGCUUGCUGCUAACUGAGGAGUAAGGACUCACAAAAUAUUGAUUAGAUUAGUUUAUGAUGUGUGUUUUAAGCCCUACUUCCUUGCACCGUGCUUUCACAGCGUUACAGUAAGAUUUCCUCGAAGCAACUUGAGUCCAAGUUGAAACCGUCGAUUUCUUGGGCAGGGGCCUCCAUAUUUGAUCAGCAAAAUGCAGAUUUUGUCAGGAAUUUCCAUCUCAACCCCAAACGCCAGCUUUACCAAAACCUUCUUAGCUUAAAAAUCAGGUUGUCCAUUUCAUAUGGACUAAUUCAAUUGGAGAGACUAUAGCCUUUGAGAUCUUGUGAAGCCUGUCUUCCCUUUUACCUGAUUAUCUUCAAGGGAAAACUCAAAACUUGGGCCAUCCGGGGCAUGCCACCAAGCAGUCUAUGCUGGAAAGUCACCCUGUAUCGAUCAGGCAUCCAACCUGAGCUUUGGCACUGCUGGUACAAAAGAUGCAAAGUCUUCGACUUGAGCCAGACUUGGCCUCUUGCUUCAAAGCUAUCCCACUCCUUGGGCAGCUUCUUGCACAAAAAAGUUACGUUCGGAUAUGCAUAAGGAUACCCGCCCAGGAGGAAUAUAACUCACAAAAUAUAAAACUUUUUCAUAAAAUAAAUUUAAAGUAGUUAGUUAGGAAUAUAAGUGGGAAAUUUAUAUAAAAGAGCUUAAUAAAGCUAGAAAAAUGUAAUUCGCCGAUAUCAUUAAGAAAUUCUUAUAUCCACAGCUCAUCAAAAUCAAAUACUCCUGCUUCCGAUAGAUUCGUAAAAAUUCAUAAUUUAAUUGAAAAAUGCGAUCACUUCAGCGCCAACAUGGCAAAUCAAAGUAAGGCUUUCAAAAACUAUCACAAGUCCUUCAGUGAUAUGGCAAAGGAGUACGAAAAUCUUCGAAAAAAUACGAAAAUGAUGUGCUUAUAA